UGUGUCUGCGCGUCUAUUCGAGUCUUUCCGGCAGCUUCCGAAGCUGCUGAACACACGCGGGGCAGCGACGUGGAGAAAGCAGCCGCAGGAACCGAGCCGAGCAUCCGCCGGAGCAGCCCCAGCGAGCCGGGGCCACCUUACCCAGUCUGCGGUGCGGAACUCAGGGCAGGGGAGGGCUGCGGGCUCGCCUACAGAAGCAUGAGAAAGGCCUCUGGGCGGAGGGGGCGAAAACAUGAACGGGGCCGUGUACAUUUCGUUUUUCCAGGGCCAGCUGGAGUCCGUGCUGGAGCAAGUCGUUCAGCUCGCCGUCCAGGAAAUAAGCAAGUCGGUGGGCUCGAGCCUGAACGCGCUACUGCUGGAGACGGCCGUGAAGGAGCAGGAAAACCGCCGGCUCCGGCUCCAGCUGCAGGCGCGCGACAACCGGGGACGAGCUUCCCCAGACGACGGCGGCUCCGCGGGGGCUGCUAAAAACAAGGCGGGCGACGAGCGCGGGGACGGCGGCAGGACAAAGCACGAGCAGCCGCCACGCUCUGCCGCGGGACAGAGCGGCGAGCCCCGGGCUCCCAUCGACACGCGCCGCCUGGAGCAGAGAGGACGAGUCGUGGACCAGCUGAAGUGCGUCAUGGAGCAGGUCCUGGACUUCGCACUACGCGAGCUGACGAAGAUCGUGGAGGCCUCGUUUGAUGACCUCCUGCUGGAGAUCACUAAGAUGGAGAAGGAGCAGCAGGUGCUGCAGGAGAGGCUGGGAAAGACCUGCGAGAGAGAGGGGGGGGAGAAGGGGAGAGGCGGUGGGAGGAGGCGGGGGUCGGUGAACGACUCCAUGUCACCCAGCGGUUCUGAGGAGGCCCGGGAGGAGCUGGCCGAGGUGUCCAAGGAUCCCACAGACGACCCAGAUCGUCCCCCCGUCCUCUCCCAGGACUGGGUCCCCAUCCUGGACAAAGUCUUUGGACAGAAGUGGUGCAGUGACGUCUGGCAGAUCAAAGAGGUCAGUGGAGGAGGAGGCGGCAGUGGGCGGAGCCUGAGUGAGGGAGGGGGACACCAGGUGGAGCCUCUCUCCUCCCCCUCAGUGAUCCUGCAGCCCUCCCCUUCCUCCCCCCAGCAGGACCCGCGCUGGACUCCUCUGGAGGACAUGGAGGUGUUUUCUCCUGACGAAGAAGACAAUGCAGACACUCAGAAGAACUCCACCUCCGGACCCCCACCUGAACCCGAACCCCCCCACAGCCCCUCAGGUCGCUGCUCCUCUGCCUCGAUGCUUCAUCGCCUCCUAACCCUGCCGUCUCAACUCCUGGAUGACAACGAAGAGGAAGCUGCCGCCAAGGAAACUCUUGUUGCUCUGGCAACCAAUGGCAGCAACGACCUGCGAGACAGCGAAGUGGACCCACCCAGACCGAGCGUCAGGGAGGAAGAGGAAGAUGAGGAGGAAGACGAGGAGGAUGAGGAGGACAAAGGGAGGAAGGUGAAGAAGAAGCGGCGCCGGGUCUGGUCGGAGUGUGAGGAAUGUGGUCGGAGGUUCAGCCGGAUGUCUCUCCUGAAGGCUCACCGUCAGAGUCAUGUCUCCGGGGAAGGUGGUGCUGACACGUUCUCACCCUCGUCGCCGCCCGCUGGCGCCACCUCGCCACUGCGCUGCUCCGAGUGCGGGAAGAGGUUCUCAUCAGCGACGCGCCUCCAGAGCCACAUGCGGACCCAGCACCCGGAGAACCGAUCCUGAUCCUGCAGACGGUACACACUGAACCUUGACGGGAGAGGGGUUAUGCAACAGAACCGGAUCAGAGGUCUGGUUCUGAUGUGGAUCCGGUUCUGUAUCAGAUACAAAUAAAAACCCUGAUAACUCGUUUUUUCUUCAUCCUGAACACAAAACCUUCGGCCAAAGUUUGUUAGACAGGAAGUCGACGAGUUCCACUUCCUGUUACAAUAAAAAACGAGUUUUCGGGGUCCUGGAAGGUCCUGAAGUUCAAACGGAUCCAGAAAGGGAAUCAAACCGCCGCUGAAUCCCUGAAUCCAGACUCCUGGACCAGGUCUGCCGAUCCCUGGGUUCCUGAGCUGCAGCUUCAGUCUACCAGCGGGUUUUUAUCUGAACUCCAUUAAAGUUCCAGAAAUAAGAGGUUUCAGGAUUCAGGAUUUCAGCUUGGAUGAAGUCUGAAGGUUUCCGGCUGCAGCCGCCGUCGGAGGUUCGAUCCCCGUCAGAGGUUUGUUUUCAUCCGUUAGCCGUGUUUCCUGGUUUCACUUCAGCACGCUGACAGCCUGGCUCUGGCAGACGACUCCGGUCCGGGUUCUGGACCGGACUCUGGACCAGACUCUGGACCGGAUCUGGUCCAUCUGGUCAGUUUUAUCUCCGGGGAUUCAUUGGUGGAUUACUUCUGCCCGAUCAGCUGAAAUUUCUGAUCAAGAAAACGAAUUUUUACGUUUGUCAAACUGGAAACUUUUUGUAAUCGAUCGAUCGAUUGAUGGACGAUCGAUCGAUCGAUUGAUGGAUGGUGUUUGAUCUUGCUGUGAAUGGACCAGCUGAGGAAGAGGAGCCAUUUUGGAGGCGACGAAGGGAAAACGCACACACCCUCCUCUUCUUCUUCUCCUCCUGUAAAGUAGUCCUCCAGGUGAACAGGAAAUGAGCUCCGGCUGCUGCAGGGGGAUUUUUUUUUUUUUUGCAAUAAGCUUGUUGCCAUGGCAGCCAGACUCUGAGUGGCGUUUCCUGUCACCUGACUUUUUUUUUUUUACGUGUACAGCGUGGACCGUCACACAGGAAGUGACACGCUUGGUUUUAAAGUGCCCUUUUUCUUUUCUCUCCUUCA